ACGUUUGAACAUAACCUUUGUAAGGUCACUAUAAUUGUGUCUUAUCUCCAUACGUCACUUGCUGUUGUAGCGCCUGCGAUCUGAACAGUUGUUUCGUUGCUUUCAACACGAUAAGUUGGCUUUAACUUCACCCAAUUAUUUAAUCGGGACUUGACAUACAUUCGAAUAUUUUUUUUGCAAAAAAAAUUCAGCAAAAUGUUUUCACGAUUAUCUGUUUCGGUAGCCAAACAAGCGGGAAAGAAUUUCUCAACUACAUCACAGAACAAUGUUAAAGUUGCUGUUGCUGGCGCAAGCGGUGGCAUCGGUCAACCAUUGAGUUUGUUGUUGAAACAAAGCCCAUUGGUGUCACAUCUCUCGUUGUACGAUAUUGUGCACACACCAGGUGUUGCCGCCGAUUUGUCGCACAUUGAUACACCAGCCAAGGUCACCGGAUACAAUGGCAAAGAGAACUUGGAGAAGGCCCUCGAAAAUGCUGAUGUUGUCAUUAUUCCAGCUGGUGUUCCACGUAAACCAGGAAUGACCCGUGACGAUUUGUUCAACACAAACGCUGGCAUUGUCCGUGAUUUGGCCGUUGCCAUUUCAAAGGUGUGCCCAAAGGCUUUGGUCGGAAUCAUCACCAAUCCAGUCAACUCAUGCGUUCCAAUCGCAUCGGAAGUGUUGAAACAAGCCGGAACAUACGAUCCAAAUCGUAUUUUUGGUGUGUCAACUUUGGAUGUUGUACGUGCCCAAGCAUUUAUCGGAGAGAAAACCAACACCAAUCCAUUGGAUGUGAAAAUCCCAGUUAUUGGUGGUCACUCCGGUGUUACCAUUUUGCCAGUAUUGUCGCAAAGUCAACCAUCAGUUAAAAUGUCACAAGACCAAAUCAAGGCAUUGACUGAACGUAUCCAAGAAGCCGGUACUGAAGUUGUUAAGGCUAAGGCUGGUGCUGGUUCAGCCACUUUGUCAAUGGCCUAUGCUGGUGCACGUUUCGCUUUGGCUUUGGUCCGAGCAUUGAAAGGUGAUCCAAAUGUUGUUGAAUGCUCAUAUGUUCGUUCAGACAUCACUGCUGCCACAUACUUUGCAACCCCAUUGAAAUUGGGCAAGAACGGUAUUGAAAAGAACUUGGGACUACCAAAAUUGAAUGCCUAUGAACAAUCACUUUUGGACGCUGCCAUCCCAGAAUUGCAGAAGAACAUCAAGAAGGGAGAGGACUUUGUUAAGAGCAACUAAAUUACCAGAUCCAUGAACGUCAAAACCGAAAAUUCAUUAAUUUCUGUUCUCUGUUACCAAGUUUUCAAUUGUAUAGAGUGAAUGGAACCACCGGCUACCACAUUGGAUGCUGCAUUUCAUUCAUGACUUUUGUAAUAUAUUUAAAAAAACGAAAAACAAAUAGAAAAUUUAAACCAAUAUGAGCAUGUAAGUUAAAGAGAAAAUAAAUUAACAAAAUGGUCAAACAGAAAUAAAAAUCAAUUAAGGAAUGAACAAUCCAAAAUUUAAUCAGUUAGAAA